AUGUACCUAGGCCGGAUUCGGCGUAACCAGUCUGCGGGCCUCUGUGGGGAUUUCUCAUCUCCUAGGGCUGAUGGAGCACCGUUAGUAACCAACCUAGGAAAUUGGAAGAGAGUGGAUGGAUCCAUUCGGUGGCUGGCCAGAGCCCUUACUGCUGGCAAGACAAGAAGAACGCAACGAGAGGAAAUCAACACAGGCAUGGCAUAG